CAUCAACUUUUAGGAUCACACAAUCUUAUCUGAAAACACUCAAGAUUAUUAAGUGCAAGAGUAAUUAUUUUCCAUUACAAAAUUAAAAUGCUAAGCUAAUAUGAUGCAACCAAAUUAUUUUCAAUUUAAAAUCCAUUUUACAAGAAUCUAUGGACAUUUCACUCUUUCCAUAAAUAACCGUCUAAACAAUUGCGCAGAACCUGUGCAUAGACUCCAAUCUCUGGAAAGUGCUCCAAGCUCGCCUUGCACUGUCGGUUUUUUGAGCUCAUUUAGUGAGCGCCCGAAAUUACAUCCUGUUUUUACUUGUAUACAGUUAAUGUGAUAAUCAAUUGGAUACAUCAAUACCGUACAGUGUGCGUGACAUUUACACAAUACUCAAUACUUGAAGAUCCUCAUUAGAUUUGUGAUCAAUUGCACAUAGGAACCACACCUUUUCUUGGCCUUUCGCAUUAACUAUUUCAGUCACGGAUAACACAUUUUAUGUUUAUGUUCCAUUAUUCAUUACCUACCUAAUCACAGCAUUAUUCAUUACCUACCUAAAGUACAGAAUUUGAAAACCUGGGUGCACAAUGCCCAAACGAAUUGUCGAACCUGCAUUUGCCAAAUUAAUUGCUUUACGGUUGCCCGGAACUCUAUGAUCUGUAGUGUGCAUUCCAAGCUGUCAAAAGUUGAUAUCCCUGUUACAUCACCUCAUUUAAUUAUUCCAGUAAUUAAAAAUCGUGCCAAGUCUGUCACCGUCCGAUUCCCACACAACAGCAGUAAAUGCAGAAAUGAAGAUGAGUUGGCGAGAUAGGAUGAGGACAGAUUAUUUAUUUAUUCCACGCGUUGGCUUCGGUAUUUCUUUAUUAUUAUUGAAAAAGCUGGUAUGCUUAUUAAUUGCGAAAUCCCAUGAUGGCUUAUAAUAUCCAAGUUUCUUGGCCUUCCGCAAUAAUUAAUUGUUCCAGCUACAAAUUAAUCGUCUUUGUGAUAUUGUAUGUUUCAGCUCUCUAUUUCGCACGGUAGUCGAAGGUUUAGGCGGAAAAAAAAAUAAAAAUGGGUAAAACAGAUCUUAUGAAUUUUCCGUGUGAUCUGUUCUGUUCUCAGAUUUUAACAAGACUUCCUCUGAAAGAAGCUGUUCGCUUUUCCGCUGUUUCUCGAAAAUGGUGUAGAGCAUGGACGCGGUUAUCUCAUCUGCAGUUUUCUGAUGAUUUUUUUAUAUCUAUUUCUACUACACCUACAAAGAGAAAGGCUGUAUCUAAAUUGACUCGUCAAAAUAUAGCUGUAGACAUAAUUAACAAGAUUAUUCUUAUGCAGUGUGGUGGCCUGGAAAUUUUUGAGCUUGACAGUUGUGUUGGGUUUGAAAGUAGCAUUCAUAAGUGGCUUCUGUGGAUUUCUUCAUCAGGUGUGAAAUGCAUAGAUUUAAAAAAUAAUGGAUUACAGUUGGAGGUUUCGGAGUCUAUCUUUUCAUGUGUGACACUUACGUCUCUGUCUCUCUUGAAUUUUAAGAUGAUAAAGGUGCCUCCACUGUUUCAGGGUUUUUCUCAACUUGUAACAUGUUUUCUUGAAUACGUUGAACUGAGUAGCGCGACAUUCAAGGCAAUUUUAAAAUUAUGUCGCCUUCUUGAAAGUUUGACGCUAUCCGAAUGCGAAUUGCCUUCAAAUUUGAAAAUAAUUUCCUUGAGUCUCAAGUCUCUCGCUCUUCUUGGACUCUACAUCUAUUCAAUCAAAGCAAAUUGCCCACGAUUAGAAAGCAUUAAAAUUAUUGAAUGCAAUGACUUGAAAAUCGGAAACAUAUGUUUACCUGUAUGUGUGCAUUUAGAAACUGACUUUUGGCUUCUCAAGGAUUUCUCAACUAUAAAAUCGUUGAGGAAAAUUGCCUGUUCUGAAGAUGUAGAUUACACCUCUACAAAAACCUUUCUUAUCUUCAAGUUAGUCAUUUUAAAUAAGCUAAAAUUUAGCCAAGAGAGUUUUAUCGCAAAUCAACAAUUCUGA